CGCUAACCAGCGGCUGCCCGAGCGGCCUCUAGCUGGACAGAGCGGCGGCGACGGGGGAUAGGCAGCUCCACCCGGCCGAACUCGGGGGCGGGCGGCCAAGGGCAGCCCUGCCGCUGCUCGGAGCGGCGGUGGCUCAUUGAGAGAAUGGCUGCGGCUGCGUGCGGCUCCCCCGCGAACCGGCCGCCUAAGGAGCAGCAGCAGCAGCAGCAGCAAGCGCCGCCGGAGCCCCAGCAGCAGCAAGGAGCGCCGCCGCCGCUGCAGCAGCCGCCCCACCAGCAGGCUCCUCCUGCGAGGAAGCGGGGAGGAGAUUCGCGGCGGAGGCAGGCCGCCCUCUUCUUCCUCAAUAACAUCUCCCUGGACGGGCGGCCGCCGUGCCUGGCCGCGGGCAAGCAGCAAUUGCAGCAGCCGCCUCCGCCGCCGCCACGGCCCCGGUCCUCCUCCUCUUCCUCGGCGGAGCAGCAACCGCAGCUGCAGGAAGAUGCCGCCGCCGAUGCCGGCCCCCGCCUCCUCAUGCCUCUCAACGGGCCCCCGCCGGGGCUGCUCCUGCCCCCCGUGGCUGCUGCUGCCGCUGCUGCUGCCGCCGCCGAGCUGGAUCCUGCUCGGGGGCUGGGCGCUGCCGCCGCGGCCGCCCUCCUGCCCCAGUUGCUGCUGGGCAGCCCGCUGUGCCCGGUGCCCGCGACGCCCGUGCCCGCCUCCGCAGUCUCCCCGGCCGCCCUGGCAGGGGUCCUGGUGGGGGCUGCCAACAAGCCUGGCAUCGCCCCGCCGGGGCUGCUUAGCCCCACCCAGAACAUCGCUGGAGCGGGAGGAUUCCCCUUGGAAGUCCAAAGGCAAAGAACCAAGCACAUAUCUGGAUCUCCAAGACACAGAGGGUUGAAGAAGAUACACUUCAUCAAGAACAUGAGGCAGUACGACACAAGGAACAGCAGGAUAGUAUUAAUCUGUGCUAAACGAACUUUGUGUGUGGCUUUUUCUAUCCUGCCUUAUGGGGAGAGCUUGAGGAUCAGUGAACUGAAAAUAGAGGGACAGAAACAGAGGCAUCCUUCCGGCGGAGUUUCAGUCACUUCGGAAAUGGUGCUGGGAAUGGAAGGAGUCGAGUUGGGAGCUGAUGGCAAGGUUGUGUCCUAUGCAAAGUUCUUGUAUCCAACCAAUGCGCUCGUUGGUCGCAAAACUGAAGCCCACGGUGCUGUUCCUGUGUGUCGAGCCUCUGCUCCCCGGAAUGCUGGUGGACCAAGAUUCAAAACUGCAGCAGCCAAAACAAUACCCGCAACAGAUAUUGGAAGUGAAGGGGAGUUAGCAGAGUACAAUCCCAACCUUCUGGAUGACCCUCAGUGGCCCUGCGGGAAGCACAAGCGUGUCCUCAUCUUCGCAUCGUACAUGACCACAGUGAUAGAAUAUGUGAAACCCUCGGACCUUAAAAAGGAUAUGAACGAAACAUUUAAAGAGAAAUUUCCUCACAUUAAAUUGACGCUGAGUAAAAUCAGAAGUUUAAAGAGAGAGAUGCGGAACCUGAGCAUGGAAUGCAACCUGGAGCCAGUAACUGUGUCCAUGGCUUAUGUUUACUUUGAGAAGCUUGUUCUCCAAGGCAAGCUCAACAAACAGAACCGAAAACUGUGUGCCGGUGCUUGUGUGCUGCUUGCAGCCAAGAUUAGCAGUGAUCUCAGGAAAUACGAAGUCAAACACCUUAUUGAUAAGUUAGAAGAGAGAUUCAGAUUCAACAGACGUGAUCUCAUUGGAUUUGAAUUUACUGUACUUGUUGCUCUGGAACUCGCCCUGUACCUUCCUGACAACCAAGUAUUACCUCACUUCCGGCGUCUCGCACAGCAAUCCUAGCCAAAGCGACAUUCUAGCAAAGUGCCAAUACUUGGGUAUUGAAUUUUGUCCUUUUCUGUGCCACAGUAUUGAACACUGUGGUGAAAUAUAUCUGACGUGAAGACUGCUGUGGGAUUUUGUGGAGCUACCAAAGUGCAGCUGGACAAUAUAGAUUCCACUUGUGGGAAGUGGCAGGAAAAAGAUUUUGAGCUUUGGAUGUUAAAGCACAAACUAUUCAAGGCCAGUUACCACCAGGGCUGGUAUUUGCGCUUUCAGGUUUAUUACGUGGAAAUGGUCUGUUCUUCGCUCCAGGUGUUGCUACUUUGACAUUUCCUUGAAACUUUUCUUUUCCUCCCACUUUCUCUUCCUUGAAUCUAAAAGACAGCAUCACUUCCAUUCAAAAAGAACCAUACCAAUAGUAUUACUGAGGAUUCACAUUUUAAACCAUGAAAAUUACAGUUACUGCUUGGGAUGGGGAGGAGAGACAAAGACGUGCCUGAGCUGGUCUGGUACCAGUCUCUCUUGGUUUUCCCCCCUGCUUUUCCCCCCUUAAGUUAUAUUGCUUAGUAGCAAAUGCUGAAGCUUAAACAGUAAUUUAUCCUUUUGCUUUUGUUUACCUUGUGCUAGAAGGAAACCAAUUCCAUUGUGUCUGCACUAUCAUUUUCAGAAGGGAUGUAUAUUCUAGAAUAAUAUUAGUUUUCCUUUGUUCAUGAAUAAUAGCCUUUUUUAAAAAAAAAUUAAAAAUUGAAAUGUUUCUCAAAUGUUGCACUUGUUGAACAAGGCAGCUCUAGCAAAGGAACUCCCAUUUUAACUCGUCCUUCAGAGAGUGAUUGAAGGUCAUUGAUUUAUGGUGGUAAUUUGGUCUUGUAGCUCCUGGAACGGACAACUUUUUGUCAUGGCUUACUGUAGCCUGAAACUAAGAACUGUUUUAUUUAUAACAAUGUGUUUCAUGUAUUGUCUUUCCUGUGUGCUUGUGACGCACAAAUGUUUCAGUCAGUACAGCUGUCGUUAUCUAAAUUAAGCCAAUGCAACCAAACAUGUCAGAUUUCUAAAAUACUCCUUUCUUUUUCAAACUUGGUUCUUCCAAGCGUUUUGUCACUGUGAUGAGGAUUCCUGUAAACCUGACCUUGGUUGUACAUCCAAUACACCGCUCUCAUGGUGGUUCUGUCCAGUGCAGUGAUGUUUAUGCAGAUGAAAUGGCUUCUACCACUGUUAGACAGAUAUUUUGGCUCAUGCAUCCAGAUGUUGAGGAUGAACAGAUGUUGAUUCUUGAACAGUAGAAGAACAGUUGGUGACGGUCGGGUUUCUUUUCCAAGCAAUAUUGUGAUAAAAGUCAAAAUGUGUUUGUGCGUGUAUACAAGUAUGCUAUUUGCCAGGGAACAAAAUCGCAACUUGGGAGUUGUGAUUGAGAAGUUAAUUACUUUUUAAUUUUUUACUGUGACUUUGGCCAGUUCUAUAAAUUGUGCUGAAUGAGGUGGUAGGGUUCUGGAGCGUACCAUUGCAGGUAUGGGGUAAUUGUAAGGCCUUUCUCCCACCCACCCCACACAGUUGGUGGUGAAUCAACACGUUGGGCUUGGCUAAAAUGUUCUCCCUGCUCUGCUAGUUGAGUGCACGCAAAUAAUUUUCCGCAAGGGGAGCAUUCAGAAACAAGUGUGACUACCACCCCAGCUGCAGACUGAAGUGGUACAACUCGGAACUUACUGCUUAUCAUCGUCUCCAUUCUGUGUUUAAACUGUAGAUCCGCUCUUGGAAACCAUGCUUCUUGCUAAAGUAAAGAAGUACUUAUGCCUUCCAGCACCUAGAAUGCCAUGGAUUCUCCUGGGUAUAUGUGUUCAGUAGCCAUGAAAAAAUGGAGGAAGAGUUACAAAAAGAUUCUAAAAACAUUUGAAAGGGAGAAGGGAGCACUGCCCUGAGAGGGGAUUCCGAAAAGCAAAGAAGCCUUUGGCACCUAUGCAUGAGUAUAGAACUAUUCAGAUAGACCUUUUUAGAGAAGGCCAGUUUGACUUCAUUGAAAUUGCAGCAAACAUAGUUGAGAAUGCCUCUCUAACCAGGGCUUAAGUGUUAAUGCAUCUAAGUACAGUUGUACCAGUCAAGUCAUAAUUAUAGCACCUUUUUAUAUAAUUGUAGUACAGAGAUAUUAUGCAGUUUAACAGCUAUUACUGUUGAGAACAUAAGGUGUAAUGUGUGUUUAUUACUGAGCAAACUUUCACCAGGAAAGAUGAUAUCCUAACUGCUUCCAAGACAAGUUUAGAAACUAUUUUAUGGGGGAUUAAAACAUUUGAUUCUUCUCCUGAACUGAAAAUUAUUACAUAACUUUUCAUGGUAUCUGUAGAUCUUCUAUAAAACAUAUAAACACAAUUUACUCUUAUUACUACACUGUGUUCUAGUUGAAAUUGUUGGCCAACUUAAACUUUCCAGCUGAAGCAGCCAUUGCCUUGUUUAAGCAAAAAUGUGGGGAAUUGACUUCUGAUUAGAACUGUUUGAGCUGGUAAAGGUGAGAACUGGUAAAGGUGAGAACAUUAGAACUGUUUGAGCUGGCCAACAUUCAUUGCAGUGUUAGGGCAGAGCAGGAGCUGUGCUCUUGCAGUGAGGGCUGCUCUGAGCUCAGCCCAAAGCUCUUCAUGCAACAAAGCAUGUGCACAGAGAGAGGGGAGUAGUGAUUUUUGCUGCGCUCUCUACAAGUGUUCUUUGGCUUCCAUGAAUAUGUCCCCAAUGGCUGCAUGACCCUCAGGGACAUAUUCCUGAGAGUCAAAGAGCUUUUUAGAAGGAAGGGGAGAGCAGCAAAAAUUGUUCCCCCUUCCCCCAUGCACAUGCUCUGCUGCUCAGCAGCCCUUUGACUGAACUCAGAAAACCCUCACUGCUGCGCCUAAUGCUGCACUGGAUGCUGGCCAGUAAGAAUUUAAAAAUACAUGGAUUCUGUCUUCUGAAAAAUGGUAAAACACCUAAGAAUGUUUAUAUUGAAUUAAAAAUAUCCAAGGCAUGGGGCAGAUGUAAAGCCCCCCUGUAAAACUCUUAAAGCCUGAUCUUCAGUCAAACAUCUUUGCAGCUUUUAAUACAUAAGGACAAUAUGGAUUGAAUCUGUUUUGUUAGGGGAUACCCUCUUCAGUGAGUGAACUGGAUUUUAAAAAUUUCAUAAUUGAGUAAAAAUCAGCUUUAAGAUUUUUAAAAAAUAUCUAGCUUUGAAAUCAGAAUCCUAGCUUUCUUUCCUUCUGUCUCUGUACACAUGUACCUGCAGAGUGGGGUGGCCUAUUUAUGGACAAAAUGAGUUUCUGUGGCUCUUAAUGUAUGCACUGUGCAUUAUAUUAAAUUCCUAAAACUGCUCCAGAAUGGAUGCUGCAUAACAUAAUCCCAGAUAAAUGUUAUUUCAGGAGACAUAGUGAUGAUGAAUUGAGUUUCAAACUAUUGGUUUUUUUAAAAAAAUCUGCAGUUUGACUUGUAUGUUGAGUAUCUUAUUCCUGUAACUUAACCUGUACAAACACAGUUCCUCUGUUGUAUAUAGUAGUGGAUAUGGGGAAUGUGGGAUCGCUUGCAUUCUCUUACCUUAAUUUUUUGUUUCUUUUCUCAAUCAGCUAAGCCUCAUUUUAGUUCCUUGUUCAUGCAAAAGCUGCCACUGUGUGGUAAAGAUUAUUAUUACAACCAAAACAAGACCCAGUGUAACAUCCCAGGUUGCUUUCUUUAGAGAGAGAUGAUGAUGGUUUCUGACAUUUGAAAUCUAAAUUGUGUAAUCUUCUGUAAAUAGUGGUGCUCAUUUACCUUCAGCCCAAGAAAGCACUCCAAACAGGAGUUUGUGUACAUUUUUAUGUAAAUAGUAUUAUUUUUGUGUUGUCGUAAAUUUAAGUCCCUACUUUGUAAAUCGUCGAAUUCUGUUCUUCCAAUGAAAUGAAUUUGUUAAUAAGGUGCUGUGGUAACUGAAUGUUUUGAUACAUAUUUUAUAACCAAGCACACCUGAAGAUACUUCAGGAUUGUGUCAUAAAUAUUCCUUUAAAAAAA